AUGGAGAAGUCAACCUUUUCGGUCCUACUAUUACUGUCGUUUGUCUUGAGAUCUGUAGAUGGUUUUGAUCAUACCGUGAAACCCCACUGCCCCCCUGAGGAGGAGGUGUGUGAGUUUGAUUGGGUUAUUGACUAUGUUGAGACUAUGAUUUAUUAUGAUGAAGAUGGACGUGGAAAUCCUAUCGUUGUCAGAAACGGUACCCUCUUCCAGCGUUCAGGUUGUAAUGCGCUUAUCCCAAUUGAUAUUAAUAAAGAUGCGGAUAGAGCUAUUUUUGCAGACGGUAAUUACAAAAUGAUCUACAGUAUUAACAAACAGUAUCCGGGUCCUUCAGUUGUGGUGUACGAGGGACAACAGGUUGUUGUAAACAUCAAGAAUAAUUUACUAAUGGAGGGACUUACGAUUCACUGGCACGGGAUGGUUCAAUGGCAUACACCUUGGAUGGACGGUGUUGGAACUGUAUCACACUGUCCAAUCAACCCAGAGGAGACUUUCCAAUAUAGGUUUUUGGCUGAUCCUCCUGGAACCCACUGGUAUCACUCUCACUUAGGAACAGAACGUACAGAUGGUUUGACAGGGGCACUGAUUGUGCUCCCUAGACCCGACAAACCAGAGAAUCUGAGAAGUGAUUUACCAGAGUUAUCCGGGGACUUUGUCAUGGUAUUGACAGACUGGAAGCUUGACGCUUCUGUUGAGACCAAAAAUGAGGCUGACUGGGGUUUGAACACAUUUUCAUAUGGAUUUAACGAAACUAAAUGCUACUCAUUCACAUUUGAUGCCACGGGAGGAGCGGUGGGUCUAUUUCCUUUGGAAGCAGCCCUUAUUAAUGGCAGAGGUAAUCACUAUCUUAACAAAGAUAAUCCAGAACAGCCUGAUAUACCAGAGUUACCAUUGGAAACGUUCAAUGUUGAGCGAUAUGGUUAUUACAGAUUUAGGGUUAUCAACUCCGGCAUGCUCUAUGGUUUCCGUGUAUCUGUGGACAAGCAUGACAUCCAAAUAAUAUCUGUCGAUGGUAAUGAUGUCACAAUGACAAGCGCCGAAUCAGUAAUGGUGUUUGGUGGCGAAAGAGUAGAUUUCAUAGUACUGGCUUCGGAAGACAUUAACAAUUAUUGGGUGCGCGCGCAGACUUUGGAAGUAGGCAACAGUGAAGGGCCUUUAAAUCCUGAUACUGCACUUGCUGUCUUGAGAUACAGCGGAGCUCGUGUCGCAAAUCCUAAAACUGAUCGGUAUCAAUGCAGACCAAGAGAUCAUUGCAAGGUUGUUAACUGUCCCUUUGGACAAUACCCUGAUAGCUACAGUAUUGAUUGCCUUCCGGUGUCCGAUUUGAAAUCAACACCAGAACAGACUAAAGCUCAUCCGGUUCCGGUUGUCUCAUCCCCAAAUGAAUUUCAGGAAAUAUUUUUGAAUUUCCAUUUCUCUUCUACAGCAAAAAUUCCCUUCACAACGGCAGUAAAUGGUCAUGUGUUUGUUCCACCUACCUCUCCGCCCCAGAUUUAUCCUAGACAGUCCAAUACUACUUCAUCGUGUGAUUCUUUGGACUGCACAGAUCAUUGCGAAUGCACAUACAUCGUGAAGCUUGAGAAAGACAAAACGGUGCAAUUAAUUUUGCAUAACAUGGAUGACGCACCUUUCGGUAUGCCUCAUCCGGUUCAUAUGCAUGGCCAUCACUUCCAUGUGGUCAAGAUUGCUUAUCCUCACUACAAUUCCACAACUGGGGCUAUCAUAGAUAAAAACAAAGAUAUUAAGUGUAAUACUAAGAGUUGUAAUGAUGCCUCUUGGAGAAAUGAAAGUUGGACAUUAGGUAACGUUCCAGGAUUGAAUCUUGAGAACCCUCCUCAGAAGGACACCAUAGCAGUACCUAGAAAUGGCUACAUCGUUCUAAGAUUAAAAGCUGAUAACCCAGGAUUUUGGUUUAUGCACUGUCACAUCGAAAUCCACCAAAUAGCUGGCAUGGCAGUCCUCUUACAGGAAGGCGAUAUUAGCGAUAUGGAACCCGUUCCAGACGGCUUCCCAACAUGUGGCAGUUUCCAGAUGACACGAGAAGAAUUUAACCAAUAUCUCACACAAGAGGGCGCAAGGAAAAAGAAACAUAUGCGUCCAAAUCCUCCCAAGCAGAUUUUGGUAGAGGAAGUAGAUUAUCAUAUAGUGGAUUACGUGCCCGUUUUGACAGAUAGAAAAGAACCAACGUCUUCAAAAGAAAGCGGGAACAUAUUUAGGGGACUUCAUCAUUCAUAUCAUAAACACCAGAAAGUCCAUGUAGCCUUGAUUGCAGCUCUCACAUUGUCGCUUUUGAUAAACUUGAUCUUCAUCACGACGUGUAUUUGUCAUAAAUGUCGACAAUCGUCUGCUGUAGACGCACUUUCACAGAAAAAGGCGAUGCUUGCCCAAAAUCUUCUGAACCAUGGGAGUCCUUCUGAAUCCAAACAACGUCUCGUUUAAA